AUGUCUGACUCGCCAUCUUUGUCGGACCGUGAAGAUCUUCAGGAUACUCCAAUGGUGAUACAACUGCGCAUAGAAGCCGGAGAAGAACUUCCGCCACAGCCCAACAUACCUCCCAGUGACUAUGACAUCUGUCAGGCAAAGUUGUAUGAGAGGCAAGUGGAGAUCAAUUACAUGCGUGGACGGGCUAACAACGCCCAGUUCGCGUCCGCAAUCAAAUACAAGGCAUCUGUGAUGACCGCCUCCGAUAACAAUGCUGCGCCGGUUUGGUUCAAUCAGACCAUGCGGGAACUACGCCGUGAUAUCAGGAAGGGCUUUCAACGACUUGAGCGGCGACUUGACGAUACCAAUCGGCUGCUUGACGAUACCAAUCGGCGACUCGACGACACCAAUCGGCUGCUUGCGGAUGGAAAUCGACGACUUGCGGACACUCAAAGGACCUCAGGAAAUAUAUACAACAGCAUGAAUGCUAAAGGUGGUGUUGCACCAUUCAUUCAAAUUCCCUGGGCAGAUGGCACAUACCCGUGGGGAUUCGUUCAUCGGAAUCAACCCCUGCCAGCCCUCACCUCGGUUGCUGUGGUUGAAGGGCUGGAUGGAUAUCAGUCGUGCAAGAUAUAUCAAGGCUAUUACCCUAACAAUGAUGUGCCUGAGGCUCAGGAGGAAAGAGUGACUGCAAUUCUACUUGCCAUAGGGUGUGUCGACAGGUUGUGA